AUAUUAAUAUAUCCUCAUGCUAUCGUGCUAAAUAUUAUCGGCGGUAAAUUUGAAAUUAUCAAUAGUAAAAAACAAAUACGUAAAACGAUCUAUCGAUCGAUUAUAAUGGAAUAACUUCAUGUAUUUCUAUCUAAAAUCCAUAAGAUAGCAUGGGUAAAAAUCUAUAUCUCUUGUUAAUUAUAUUUCAAGCUAGAUCACGAUUUGGAAGAUCUUAGAGUCGCUCUGAAAUCGAGUUACCCUUCGUGCGUCAGAAAGACGAUCGAUGGAUUUGGUUGUCCCGGCAACGCGCGAAUGCCGUUGGAGGACCGCCGCAGAAGCAGAAACUCUGAUGGCGGGAGUAUCCGUGUGUUGGAGGAAAAGGGGUUGUUAAAGUGGAAGAGAGGAGUGGAGAGAAGUGAAGAGAGGAGGAGAACGCGACAACGACGACGACGACGACUACUGGUGGAGGUGGUAAUGGUGGUGGUGGUUGAAGUGAAGGAGGUGGAGGAGAGAUUGGCUGAUCGACUCUGAUCGACGCUAACGAUGCAGUGACAAAGUCAGCUACAGUAGAGAGAGGACGUUUCUUUUUGGGAGUUCUCUCCGAACCUUCUAUCGCGCAGUCUCGUGUUCUCCACGCGUUCUUUCACAAACAAUCAUCAUCUUCCCAGCUGACUAUCACGAUCAAUCUUUUCGCACAACGUCACGUCAAAAGAACAAAUUAUUAUUGUGCGAUGCCACGGAGGCCAACGUCCCUCCGCAGCAACAAUUUAAUAUCAGUCGAAUCAUCAAAACGGAAGGGACCACUUCGCGAGACGUCAAUGACGUUAGGAUGUACACCGCAAACGGCGAGAGGAAAGAACGAAACUCGUCAGAAAAUCUUUUCCUUCGAAGAUGGGUCGACAUGCCGAGACAUCUCCAAUUUAAUCCGCACAUACGUACUGGUUACAGGCCUCUCAUGACCGUCCGUCAAUGUAUCGGUAGUCUCUUUUAUAUCCACAAUGAGACCGUCAACAUCAUGACGCAUGGUUUCGCAAUCUUAUACAUGUUGUGGACCAUACCUCGUUGGCUUCCAUGGCACACGCAAGGAAUACUCGGAGCAAUAUUAUCUUGGUGUCACUUGAUAGGGGCAGUUAGUCCAUGGAUCGGAUCCUUUAUUUAUCAUGUUUUCAUGAACGUUAAUUAUGACGAAGCCUUUUAUAGAUCGUUAUUAAGACUCGAUAUGAUCGGUAUUUGGCUAUGUCAAAGUUUCGGAGCUAUUCCGAUGAUGGCAGCGUCGGUUCAUUGUUUGCCUGAUAAUCACUGGUACUGCUGUAUUUUUAUUUACUGCUUUCUCAGUAUAUGGGGUCUUCUAAAGGCAAUGCACGCGAAAUCUCCGUGGGAAAGGAGACUAUGUUUCGCACCUCCUUUCUUAAUGAGAAUGUUCAUAAUGACCAUGAGGUGUUUCGGUAUCGGUGGUGGUUCGCCCAAAGCUUUAACUCAUAUCGUCUUACAGGAUUUAAUAGCUGUAAUAGGUGCGAUUGUCGGUGCUCUUCGUAUUCCUGAAAAAUGGAUGCCAGGAAAAUUAGAUUUCAUAUUGAAUUCUCACAAUCUGAUGCACGUGUUGGUCGUUCUAGCAGUUUGUUCCAUGCAUACCGCUACUAUCGAGGAUCUAACUUGGAUGGCUGAUCAAUCCACGUGUAAUGAAACAAAUGCUUCUUCGAUGAUAAAUGAAGAAUUGUGAUCGAUUCGUAAUAACGUCAUUUUGCGAUAGUCUGUGAUAAGAUACAGUUGGUAAAUUGUUCAAUGCAAUUGCAUAAGAAGCUAAGAAUGCUGAAAUGUUUCGAGAUCGAUACAUACAUGGUUCAAAAGCAAUGUAUCUAGACAGAAGCUAAUCGUAAAGCUAUCUGAUAAUAUGGAUGGUAUGUUCAGGAUGUUCGAAGUACAAGUGCAAGUACAAAGAUAUAUGUAUACUAUAUAUAUUAUGCAAUAUAUAAUAUAUAUUGUUUCGGUAUCGAUAGUGAAUAUGGUAGCUUUAUGUAAUAUAAAUACAUAUAUAUAUAUAUGCGCGUGUGUGUAUAUAUAUAUAUAUAUAUACAUACAUAUUACAUGAGUAUCCAAAUUCAUGUUAAUAUAUGACUUCGAAGUCGAAUCACGCAGCAGGAUUGCGGAUUUAAUAAGAAAAGGAAGAGUCUGUUAAGACGAUAUGUUUUCUAAGUAAAAUAGGCAUUCUAAGCACAUCAAAAAUAUGUUUAUUGUAUGGUUGUAAUUAUCGAUAUCAUCACCUACCAAUGUCCCCAAAGACGUUUCCAAUUUCUCAUUUCUAUAAAUUCUUACACUUUACUAUACCAAAUCCGAUAUUUAGAGAAAUAAAAUUGUUCAAAAAUA